AUGGGCAAGAAAAGAUCAAGAGAGGAAGCCCAGAAGGAGGUCGUCCAGAACGACCCCACAGUCGAUAAGAUGGAUGAGGAUAGUGACAGCUCAGACUCGGAUGAGGACAUGGACAUCAUUAACGUCGACUUCGAGCUGUUCAAUUACGACAAGGACAUCGACUUCCACGGCGUCAAAACGCUUCUCCGUCAGCUCUUCGACGCUGACGCCCAGCUCUUCGACCUGUCCGGGCUCAGCGACAUGAUCAUCGAGCAGAACACCAUCGGCUCGACGUGCAAGGUGGACGACAAGGCCAACGACGCCUACGCCUUCCUGACCGUGCUCAACGCGUGGGAGCACCGCGAGAAGAAACCGGUCGCGCAGCUGAUCGAGUACCUGUCCGACAAGGCCGUGAAGGCCGGUGAUUCCAGCCUGUCUGUGCUGCCUGAGUUGUUCACCUCCGGCAAGGCCCAAGUGGGCAUCGUCCUGUCGGAGCGCCUCAUCAACAUGCCGGCCGAAGUCAUCCCGCCCAUGUGGAACAUGAUGAUCGAGGAGAUCCAGGACGCCGUGGACGACAAGGAGCCAUACGAGUUUACGCACUACCUGGUGGUGUCGCGCGCGUACGUCGAGAUCGAGUCGAGCUUGGACCAGGAGGAGCAGAAGCGCAAGCGGCUACGCGAUGAGAAGGGCCUGCAGUACUUCCACCCGGAGGACGACGAGAUGCGCAAGCAUGCUGUCGGUGCGGGCACCUACACGUUCACCAAGGAGGGAGACUCGGCCGAUAGCAAGCGCGCGUUCCAGGAGCUGGGCGUCAAGUCACAGGGUUUCAUGAUGCUUAUUGAGGCGGGCAAGUUCAAGCAGGCUGUCAAAGCUAUCGGGGAUUGCAUUGGCGCGGCCAACUAA